AUGGCAGGCGCUGUGAAGAAGAACCUCUUCUCUGUGUUGACGGAGGAAGAGGAGGUGAUGAAGAAGCUGGACCGCCAAGAGCGACGGAGACAGAGAAAGCAAGAACGCGAACAGGCUCGGGCUGUAGCUGAGGCCGAACGCGCUCAGCAGCUGGCCUCGACGCCGGCGAGCGCGCGAGUCGGCAGCGGUCGAUGGGCAGAUUUUAGUGAAGACGAUGAAGACGACUACGACUUCAUGCAACCUGGAGGAGGACUCUUGGCUGUAAACGGCGACAGAAACACGCGACCCGGAGGCGGAAAGGACAACGACGACGCCUUCUACACGACCGAAAGUGAAAGCGAGACGGAGAGUGAGGAGGAGCCGGAGCAAGAGGAGGAAUCCAGCUCCAGCAGCGACAGUGGGGAUGAAGCGAAAGUCCAGCGACUGCCAGAAACCGCAACCCCGACAAGAAAUAAAUCAGAAGGUGACUCGGCGGCUUCGAAUCCAACCAAGGGACUUUCCAGGAAGGAAAGAAAGCAGCGCGAGCUGGCGGAGCUGGAUGCUCUCUUCAACGAAAUGCACAUUGCGCCGUCACUGGAGGGAGAGAAGGGAUCUCCACAGCAAGACGCGGCUCGGGCCGCGAACGGCGCCUCGGCGAGAAGGCAGGCGAACGGAGUGGGAAAGGGAGAAGAAGCUGAGGGUGGCGGAGCGUCGACAGAAGCUGCGAAGAAGAAAAAGAAGAAGAAGAAGGGAUCAGCAGGCACGAGCUCGCCACAGGCGGGCGACGGCGCAGCGCAGGCGAACUCGGAUGAGGAGAAAGAAGGCAGCCCGAAAAGCGAAGACGGCCCUCGGCGGCCGGUCGCUCCUGGAGCGAUCAAACCGUCGGGCAUCCCCGUGGGCCCGAGGAGAAAAGGCGCCGGGGCGAGUCGAGGCUCGGCGGCCGACGAGGCGCGUCGCCUGGCGGCGCUCGAGGAGGAAAAGAAGAAGGCUGCUGCGAAGAAGGAAAAGAAAGCAAAGCUCUACUUCCCGAAGAACCAGUAG